AACAGUUCCCUGUGAAUGAGCAUUAUUUUGGCUUGGUCAAUUAUCGCUACGCAAAAGAAGAAGGUGGGAGUCAUCCCACCUAAGAAAUUUAUCUCCCGAUUGAGGAAAGAAAAUGAGUUAUUUGAUAAUUACAUGCAGCAGGAUGCACAUGAAUUCCUAAACUACCUACUUAACACUAUUGCCGACUUACUGCAAGAAGAGAAAAAGCAGGAGAGGCAGAAUGGCAAACUCCAGAAUGGCAGCAUUGAGAGUGAAGAAGGAGACAAGACUGAUCUGACGUGGGUCCAUGAAAUCUUCCAAGGAACACUAACCAAUGAAACCAGAUGUCUUAACUGUGAGGCUGUUAGUAGCAAAGAUGAGGACUUUCUGGAUCUCUCGGUUGAUGUGGAGCAAAAUACAUCAAUUACACACUGUCUAAGGGGAUUUAGUAAUACUGAAACUCUAUGCAGUGAAUAUAAAUACUAUUGUGAGCAGUGCCGCAGUAAACAGGAAGCACAGAAGAGAAUGAGAGUGAAAAAGUUGCCCAUGAUUUUAGCUCUGCACUUAAAAAGGUUCAAAUACAUGGACCAGCUGCAUCGAUACACCAAACUCUCCUACCGUGUAGUCUUUCCCUUGGAGCUCCGGCUCUUCAACACUUCAGGAGAUGCUACAAAUCCUGACAGAAUGUAUGACCUUGUUGCUGUAGUUGUUCACUGUGGCAGUGGUCCAAAUCGUGGACAUUAUAUCACCAUUGUGAAGAGCCAUGGCUUUUGGUUGCUGUUUGAUGAUGACAUCGUAGAGAAAAUCGAUGCCCAGGCCAUUGAAGAAUUUUAUGGGUUAACAUCAGACAUUUCCAAAAACUCAGAAUCUGGAUAUAUCCUCUUCUACCAGUCAAGAGACUAAGACAAAAGAUAAAUGUGUACAAAUAAAAGAUAAAAAAGGGAUCAAGAAAUGUCCAAAUGGAACAUAUUUGUGACAGCAGAAGCAGCUCCUCAUUGUUGCUGUAGGACCAGGACAGAGCCAGCAGGGAGAAUCGAGCCUUCUCCCUGCCAUUUUGUGGAGGAUUAGUGCUGACUGCCGUAACAAGAAGAGCUUUUGUUCCAGUUUUCUUUCUGGGCUUUUUUUUAUACGUGCUAUCUUCCAAAAUCUGUGUUACCUCUACUUGAAACCUGGCUGCUUAUUUGUUCAUGGACUAGAGAAAAGAUUUAAGAGUAGCAUUGUAG